GGCCCGAUCGAGCCCUGGAGCCGCCCCUGCUCGGGCGGAAGCUCCUCCCCGGUUUACCCGCGUGGCUGAAGAUGGCGUCUCCCAUGGUGAGCCAAGCUGGGAUCGUAAUCCGAGAUUUGCCUUUGCUCAGAGCCAGCCUGCUCAGGAGGCGCAAUCCGGGUAUUCAGUUAACUCCUAGACGAUGGCUAAACCUGCAAGAAUACCAGAGUAAGAAAUUGAUGGCUGAUCAUGGGGUCACAGUUCAGAAAUUCUUCGUGGCUGACACUGUAAAUGAUGCUAUUGAGGCCGCUAAAAGAUUACAAGCAACAGAAAUUGUGUUGAAGGCUCAGAUCUUAGCUGGAGGAAGAGGCAAAGGUGUGUUUAGCAGCGGUUUGAAAGGAGGUGUACAUUUAACAAAAGACCCUAAAGAGGUAGGACAGCUUGCUAAACAGAUGAUUGGAUAUAAUCUUACAACGAAGCAAACUCCAAAAGGUGGUGUUAAAGUUAAGAAGGUUAUGGUGGCAGAAGCACUAAACAUUUCCAGAGAGACAUAUUUUGCAAUAUUAAUGGAUCGAGCUUGCAAUGGACCUGUUCUCGUUGGUAGCCCACAAGGUGGGGUUGAUAUAGAAGAAGUAGCUGCAAAAACUCCAGAACUUAUUUUCAAGGAAGAAAUAGAUAUUUUUGAAGGGGUAAAGGAUACUCAAGCAGUACGGCUGGCAGAAAAUUUGGGAUUCAAAGGGCCUUUGCAGCAUCAGGCAGCUGAUCAAAUAAAGAAGUUAUACAAUCUUUUCCUACAAAUUGAUGCCACUCAGGUGGAGGUGAAUCCCUUUGGUGAAACUCCAGAAGGACAAGUGGUAUGCUUUGAUGCCAAGAUAAAUUUUGAUGACAAUGCUGAGUUCAGACAAAAAUCCAUAUUUGCCAUGGAUGACAAAUCUGAGAAUGAACCAAUAGAAAAUGAAGCUGCCCAUUACGAUUUAAAGUACAUAGGCCUGGAUGGAAACAUUGCCUGUUUUGUAAAUGGUGCUGGACUUGCAAUGGCAACCUGUGAUAUAAUUUCCCUUAAUGGUGGAAAACCUGCCAAUUUCCUGGAUCUUGGCGGAGGCGUGAAAGAAGCACAAGUAUAUCAAGCCUUCAAAUUGCUCACUGCAGAUCCCAAGGUUGAAGCAAUUUUAGUAAAUAUUUUUGGUGGAAUUGUCAACUGUGCCAUUAUUGCCAACGGUAUCACUAAAGCUUGCCGAGAGCUAGAACUGAAAGUGCCUCUAGUGGUCCGACUUGAAGGAACAAAUGUUCACGAAGCCCAGCGCAUUCUGAACGAAAGUGGACUUCCCAUUACUUCUGCAAGUGACCUUGAAGAUGCUGCUAAGAAAGCAGUGGCUUCCGUGACAAAGAAAUAAAGAGAAAUGACACCAGAGAUGACAUUCCAGAGAUGACAUUGAAGACAUGAUUUUAACCAGCCACGAGCACCGAGAUUUGGCUUAAGUGUCCUGUUAAUCACAAACUUCAAAAUAUUCAGUGGGUGAAAAGCAAACUUGGAAUUUCAUUUAUUACACAGAAGCCUUUAUUUUUCAAUAUUGGGACUGAAUGUUCUACAAGCAAAUAUGAGUAACUACUGUCAGUUGCCAUUUAGAGUUUCUCCUUUUAGGUGUUAAUUGCUUGUGAAUCCCAAUUUUUCUAAGAUGCUUUGAUGCAUCUUUAAUGUGAAAAAAGGAUAUUUGAUCGUGGUUGGCCCUUUGUUGGGGAUUGUUCUCAAGCUCUAAGGAACUACUAGGCCGAUAUCAAAGUUUAGAAAGGAGGUGCCUUUUCCAUAUCAUGUGGAGAACUUCCAAAAUUAGGGGUAUGAUGUGGCUUGGGAACCUGAUGUUUGAAAUACAAACAAUCAUAAAGUCUAAUUCAGGCAUGCCAGAAGCCUCCAGUGUGCCUCCAGUAGCUCUCUGAAUUCCAAAUAAUAUUUAAUAACAUUUUCCAAUUAGGGCUAGAGCAUCUUUAUAUUACAUAAUUGGAAAUAAAUGAAUGUAAUUAGAUUUCUACCACCAUCAUGUCAAACUUAUUAUAAAAUGCAAUGAUUGAUAUCCAAUGCGUACCUCACAUUAGAAGAACAUUCAAAAUCAUAGUUCUGUUUUUUAUUGUCCUAUAAAUUCACAUGUGAAUGCUUUAAGUGCUGAAGGAGAAUUACACACCCUAAUGUCACAUUUGGCAAUAUCCGUGAACAUAUGCAUCCAAUUAAUAUUCACUGUCUUUAGAAAUCAAUAUGUAUAGUAGCUUAAAAUAGCCUUAUCAUGAAGAAAUCUAGCGGGGUGAUUCCUUAAGGCAGGUGUCUCCAACCUUGGCAACGUUAAGCCUGGAGGACUUCAACUCCCAGAAUUCCCCAGCCAGCAAAGCUGGUUGGGACAUUCUGGGAGUUGAAGUCCUCCAGGCUUAAAGUUGCCAAGGUUGGAGACCCCUGCCUUAAGGCAUUUGUACUGUUAUUCUAAUGUUAUUAAUCAGAAUUGAUAAUAGUCAAAACUAUAAGGGAACCUGCUGUCAUCAGAAAGAAUAUGAAAAAUAAAUUGAGGAGUGAUCCCACCUAAGCACUUUUAUAUUCUGUGAAUUUAAGUGCAAAUGUUCACCAACUGCAACAUCUUCAUACUGAAGUUAAGUGGAUUUCCAAGUGCUUUAACUUUUGCUUGAUUGUGCCUUUGAUGUUUGGGAAAUAUGUAUUCACAAAGUGCAAAGGCUAUCAAAUUAAUUCACUAAUCACAUUAAAGUGUUUAAUUAACAAUGGAGUUUUGAAAUUCAAGAUACUUGUUGAAAUCAGAAGUAGGAUUAUAAACAAUGUUAUUCAACUCACAAGCCAAGAAUUUAUGUGAUUUUUAAUAAUAAAGAAUAUGAAUAUUUUUUGGUUUACUACAAUUAAACAGUAUUAAUAA